AUGAAGCUGGUGAUUCUGUUCAUGUUGGUCACCAUCCCCAUUUACUGCUAUGCCAGUGGUUCUGGCUGCAGUACUCUAGAUGAAGUCAUUAAUCAUACAAUUGACCCAUCUGUGUCUUUGGAAGACUAUCUGGGAUUGCUUAGUCCAUAUGUACACGGACCUCUUACUAAAAAUGCUGUGACGGAAUUCAAACAAUGUUUUCUAGACCAGGACGAGGAGACUCUGAACUAUUCUAAAGUGAUGAUGGAGGCAAUAUUUAACAGCGACAGCUGUCAACAGUCAUCAUAA